UGUUUUAGGCCUAUUUCCCUUGUAAUUUGGAUGUAUUAUUAAGAAUUCUAUUUGAUCAAUACUCAGAAAAUAUGGUUUGAUGAAUUCAUUUCCAUUAAUAAAGGAAAAGAUCAAGGUUAGGGGAUUAGCGAACACUUGAGUUCUGCAUUCUGUUGAUAAGAACAUGGAUUUUUCAUCGAAUCCUCUACUGCCACCAUUAGAAGAGUUGAAGAUCAAAUUCACUUCACAGGAGAAUGGAUAUGAUCAGUAUAUUUCAGCUUUGGACGAGAAGUGGUGCAAUAAAGGGUACAUGUACACUCUCUACGCAUCCCCACCUUCUAAAAGUGCCGAUGGAGAGUUUCCUAUGGGAUCAAAAGAAGAUUGGCUCGAAAGAAUGAUAUUUCUCAGUACUGAUAUGAAUCGUAUUCUUCAGUUAGAAUACCACAGGUUUUGGUCAGAAGUAGCCUACAACAAACAGUUUUUGGAUGGCAUCAAUACAUUUUUACAAAACGCCCCUCCAUUUUACAUGAUAGACCAACUACCUGAGGACAAAGAUGUGUUGAAAAUGUUCAGAAACGUGCAGAGAUUGGUGUUCAAAGUUCUAACCAGAUUAACCUCGACCAGAGAAUCAGAGGAAUCAUGGAUGAAACCCAGCACUUUGGGGAAAAUCCUAUACGACAAUUUUGUGAUUUCUUUUCCUCAACUGAUGGAAAUAAGUCUGAUAUAUGUGAAUGACAAUUUUAAGGAAGUCUCAGCUCUUAUUAACAGGGUUUUAAAAAUCCAACCAAAGUACAUGAACGAUAUCAAAAAGUCUUCUGCAUUUAUGUGUGAGGUGUUCACCAACAUUGAGCUUCAGCUAGAUGCCAGACAUGAGCCCUCCACACUGUCCAAGCUGGUCUAUCUCAUGUUGGACAUCAGCUACUCGCUGGAUACGUUCAUCAAAGUGUGUCCCCAAGCCGCUGCUGUCUACCACCAACACCUGUUGGAGCCUAGAAUUGCAACUUUCUACGAGAACACAGUUCCUUUGCUUAUUAAAUUUUUGGAUUCACAAAACGGAAGUGGAGACUUUCAGGAAGAGCAUGCGAAAUUCAAGAUGAAAAUCGAUAUCAGCCGACAUAACCUUAUAACUUCAGUCCAUGGAUGCCUCUCCUCUCACCUAGCUACCCUAUUGGAAGAGAGGGACCAUCUAACUGAUGAAGAGUUGAAAAUAAAAGUGGACAUGUACAUGAGCACUCUCACAGACUGUUUGUCAGAACAUACGUUUAUAAGAGACUACAACUCGGCCUUCCCUAUCCACGGGGAACUCAGCAUGCUCAGUGAAAUCUGUCCUGAAAUUGAUUCUUUAAAGCUUGAUUUCAUCGUGGAAUCAGUCGCUUUGUUAUUUGAACCUCCAAAAAGACGGAAAAGAAGUUCUGCUACAGCCUCAAAUGGUGUCAAUCCAUCUUCAAGCAACAGUUUUCAUUCUCUUGAGGGCUCAAAACAGGAAGCAAGAUCAGGAAGUACAAAGAAGAAAGUUGUUGGAGUAGAAUUGGAGUCCCUCAUUACAGAAGUCAAAGAUAUUCUAACUGAGCUUGGGGAUGGAUUUGUGGCUCAAUGUUUGGAGUACUACAACUAUGUCAGUGCAGAUGUUAUCAAUGCAGUUCUAGAAGAGAACUUGCCCGAGUGUUUAUUGAUGUUGGAACGUGAUUUGCCUUUGAUACCUCCGGAUGAAGCGGAGGCGACCAAUGUGUAUGAAAGGAUCAAUGCUUUUGACAACGAUGAGUUUGAUAUAAUGACACGUGACCAUGUGGAUACGUCAAGAAUUCACAAAGGAAAAAGGCAAGAGAAGCACAAGGACUUGGUUGACAUGCUGAAUGACAAGUCUCACGUUCGAGAGAUGCGACACGUGUAUCAAGAGCUCAGCAUUGUGGAGGACAUAGUGGAUUACGACGACGAGUACGAUGACACUUAUGAUGACGUUGAUGUGGCGGUCGGAAAUGAUGAUACUGAGACAGCAGAGAGACGAGCUUUUGUAGUGCCAAGAGUCCUGCAGCAAUAUAAGAAAGUAGAAGAGCCACAAGACUACGAGGAGGAAGAGGAGCCAGAAAAAGAGAAGAGAGACUUGUUCUGUGAGGAUCCUGCAGAGCUGAGAGCAAGAGCUGAGCAGAGAAGACAAGAGGCGAGAGGAAGAGGCCGAGGUCGGGGCGGCCACACACAGCAUGAUGUCGUAGGAAAAGCCAAAGGACAAGGACAAGAAAAAGAGGUUGUCAGAAAUCGGGAGUUUAAAAAUACCAACAAAUCUUCCCGUGGUAAUCACAACCGCAGAGCAAUGGCAGCUAAGAAGAGGAGACAAGGAAUGUUUCCAUCGUAAUUCAAUUUUUUUGUGUAAAAUAUAUUUUUCCUUUCCAAGAAAGUUAUUUUUGUUAAGUUAUUAAGUUUGAGCUUACAUUGUUGUGCUAUUUCCAAAUAUAUACUUUAUAAUUUUUGAAA